CAGAGCCGCCGAGUCCGUCCUUCCCGCCCCCUUGGACCGGGGGCCUGGGCCUGCGGCGCGGGGCUUAGGGGUGAAGGCGUGGGAGACGGCUCGAAGCAUGUGUGUUCACGUGGGAAGGUUUUGGUGCGCUGACGCCCGAACUGUCGCCGGUUGUGUGUGGGCCGUGAAAUGAUUUACGCGUAAAGGCUCUGCCGGUUUAUUUUGCAUAUUCCCAGCGAGGAAAGAGACAAUGCAAUCCGAGUGUGUUUUCAGAUUGAACUUGCCCAUUGGUUUUACUUGGAUUUCUACAUGCAGAACACACCAGGAUUACCUCAGUGUGGGAUAAGAGACUUUGCGAAAGCUGUCUUCAGUCACUGCCCAUUUUUGCUGCCUCAAGGUGAAGAUGUGGAAAAGGUUCUGGAUGAAUGGAAGGAGUAUAAAAUGGGAGUGCCGACUUACGGUGCGAUUAUUCUUGAUGAGACGCUUGAAAAUGUACUGCUGGUUCAGGGGUACCUAGCAAAAUCAGGCUGGGGAUUUCCAAAAGGAAAAGUGAACAAAGAAGAAGCCCCCCACGAUUGCGCUGCUAGAGAGGUCUUUGAAGAAACUGGCUUCGACAUCAAAGACUACAUUUGUAAGGAUGAUUACAUUGAACUUCGAAUCAAUGACCAGCUUGCUCGUUUGUACAUCAUUCCAGGAAUUCCAAAAGACACAAAAUUUAACCCAAAAACCAGAAGAGAAAUUCGGAACAUUGAGUGGUUCUCCAUUGAGAAAUUGCCCUGUCAUAGAAAUGAUAUGACCCCAAAAUCCAAACUCGGUUUGGCACCUAAUAAAUUUUUUAUGGCUAUUCCCUUUAUCAGACCAUUAAGGGACUGGCUUUCUCGGAGAUUUGGAGACUCCUCAGACAGUGACAAUGGAUUUUCUUCAGCUGGAAACACACCGGCUAAACCCACUGUGGAAAAGUUGAGUCGAACCAAGUUCCGCCAUAGCCAGCAGCUGUUCCCCGAAGGCUCCCCGGGUGACCAGUGGGUAAAGCACAGGCAGCCCCUGCAGCAGAAGCUGUGUAACCACUCUGACGUGUCGGACCUUCUAAAGGGGAAGCAGAAUCAAAGUAUGAGGGGAAAUGGCAGAAAACAAUACCAAGACUCACCUAAUCAGAAAAAGAGAACAAACGGGAUCCACGGUCAGCCGGUAAAGCAGCAGCACCCGUUGAUGAAAUGUGAAAAGAAACUUCAUCCACGAAAGCUUCAGGAUAAUUUUGAAACAGAUGCCGGGCAUGACAUUCCCUGCUCCAGCGAAGACCAGGCGUCCGCACGGGCUGAGGCACAGUCCGUGCCGUGUAACGGGCACUGCAAGGUCCCCUUCUCGUCCAGAGCCUUCCUGAGUUUCAAGUUUGACCAUAAUGCUAUAAUGAAAAUCUUGGACCUUUGAGAGCAGCAGGGGACUGUGGGACGCCCAGAGCAGACCCCUGCCUUCACACGUCUCCGCAGCCUUCCGGUUCUCAGGGUUGUCCGGAGUGGCAGUGACACGGUGCUGCUGAAGAGCCUUUCUGUGCCGGAGAGUAGGAUGGGAGAGGAGUUUGCACUGUAAAUGCAGAUGUAGCUUUUUAUACAGAUUUACCUUUUCAGUGUUUGCAACAGUGUAAGUUGCCUUCUCUUGAA